AUGGACAUGGACAUCCAGUUCAAGCCCUCGCAACCUCACUGGUACGAGCGCUACGUCCAGCCCUGCGUGGCCGAGCUGCUGGGCAGCACGCUCUUCAUCUUCAUGGGCUGCCUCUCCGUGGUCGAGGAUGCGGAGGGCACGGGGAGGCUGCAGCCCGCCCUGGCGCACGGGCUGGCCCUGGGGCUCACCAUCGCCGUCCUGGGAGGCAUCAGCGGAGGCCACUUCAACCCUGCCGUGUCCUUGAGCAUGUGGCUGGUUGGCGGGCUGAACAUCACGAUGCUCAUUCCUUACUGGGUCUCCCAGCUCUGCGGAGGGACGAUAGGAGCCAGCCUGGCAAAGGCCGUGGCGACGAGCGAGCGGUACGUGAAUGCCAGCGGAGGGGCCUUCAGCGGCAUCACGGCCGACGAGCAGAUCCCCUCCGUCCUCGUGGGCGAGAUCGUCAUGACCACCUUCCUGAUCCUCGUGGCCUGCAUGGGCACCGUCAAUGGGAAGACCAAGACCCCGCUGGCACCUUUCUGCAUCGGCUUCACGGUCACGGUUGACAUCCUGGUGGGAGGUGGCGUGUCCGGAGCCUGCAUGAAUCCUGCCAGAGCCUUCGGGCCAGCUCUGGUAGCAAACUACUGGGACUACCACUGGGUUUACUGGGUAGGGCCCAUGGUCGCUGCCCUCCUUGUCGGCGUGCUGGUGAGGCUCCUGAUCGGCGACCGGACCACCCGUCUGCUCCUGAAGUGA